AUCUUUUGCAGGACAUGAAACCAAUCCUUUUACGUACCCAGUAUCGUUGUCAUCCGUUGAUCAGCUCGAUAUCAAACAGAUUAUUCUAUAACGACCAGUUGUUAGACGGUGUCAAUGCCGAGGAACGGAAGCCUCUGGUUGAUUUCAUCCCUACGCUGUGUUUCUACGAUGUUGCGAAUGGCAAAGAGGAGUGUUCCCAGGAUGGAAGUUACUUCAAUACUUCUGAAGCAAAAUUUGUUGUCACUUUAAUCAAAUCACUUCUGGAAUCGGAAAUUGAGCCGAAACAAAUAGGGGUUAUUUCGCAGUACAAAUCACAACUGACUGCCAUCAACAAUUCGUUGUCUGCAGACGGAGCGACAUCUCAAAAAGAGUUGGCUGGCAUACAGAUAUCGACUGUGGACGCGUUUCAAGGUGGUGAAAAAGAUGUCAUAAUUCUCUCGUGUGUUAGGACAAAACACAUAGGAUUCAUCGACUGUGAAAGACGAACGAACGUCGCUUUGACCAGAGCAAAAAGACAUCUUUGUAUCGUUGGCCGUGGAAAAAUGUUAUCCUCCAAUGCUCUGUGGAAGAAGAUUCUCACGAUUUGUCGAGAUUCCCCUUUGGGUUUACAAUCGUCUGAAUCCUACGUCAAGGAAUGGAAAGAAAGACGCCCCAAGACUGAUGGUUCUUCCUCAGGGCCAAAGAAGAGACGGAAUUCUAGGAAAGGUGGUGGGCCAGGUGGGAUUAGGACCACGCCCAAAUUAUCCAACAGAACUCUCACUGGACAGACAGUCGAUACUUGCAAGUCUGUUACAGCAUCUGGUCAAACUAAAACGAAGAGACCAGCAUCGAUUGAGUUGAAUGAAAUAUUUGAAAGCAAUUCGAAUGUGGCCUGUGGUGAAAAUGAUUGUGAUGAUAUCGACUGGGGCCCUACAAUAACAAUCUCCGAUAAUGAUCCGGUACCGGAAGCCUUUGAUGACAAUGACGAUAUAAUCAACACUAAUGAAGAUGAAUUUCUGAACUCAGAUAACGACGUUAAGGAAAUUGAAAUUCUCAGUGAUUCACGGCUUGACGUCGCUGAUGAUAACAUCGGCGAAUGCUGUGAAGGAAAGAAAGAUUUGGGAAGGGAAGAAACCGCAGGGAAACAGGUUCAUGAUUUGGGGAAGAAUUGUUGUUCUGAAUACGUGUUUGACGAUGAUUUCUUGCUUGACAGUGAACUGUGCAAUAUGGAGUACUAG